CUUUUAAUCGUCAUCACACUUUCUCGUCAAAAGCCUCUCGAGCUUCCUCAAUUUCCUCGAGUCCCUCCCGCGUCUUUUCUUUGCGCCAGUCUCUCGCUUUACUGUACUGGAUUUGACGACCUCUAUCGUUAAGGUUAAUAAUAUCUGUCGACCGUUUUAUACUCGCACAUUUUUUCUCGUCAAUCCGGUUAUUUAUUCUUCGACAAGCCGUCGCUAUCGUAUAAUCAACAGCAACCAUGCUCUCCAAGACCUUCACCACUGCUGCUCUGGCUCUUGCCGCCUCUACCCUGGUGUCUGCCCAGACCUCCACCGACUGCAACCCUCUCGAGAAGACCUGCCCUGCUGACCCUGGCUUCGGAAAGAACAACGGCGACUGCGACUUCACCAAGGGCGCCUGUGGUAACUUCGAGUCUCUUCCCGGAACCACCCUCAAGUACAACGGCAACGGUGCUGUCUUCUCCAUCAGCACCGAGAAGGAGGCCCCUACCAUCCGCACUGGCAAGUACAUCUUCUUCGGCCGCAUCGAUGUCGUUGUCCAGGCCGCUGCCGGUGCCGGUAUCGUGACCUCCGCCGUUCUCCAGUCCGAUGAUCUCGACGAGAUCGACUGGGAGUGGGUUGGCGGUGACAACGCCCAGGCUCAGACCAACUACUUCAGCAAGGGUAACACCGCUACUUACGACCGUGGUGCUUUCCACGCUGUUUCCAACCCUCUGGGCUCUUUCCACACCUACUCCGUUGAGUGGACCUCUGCUGGUGUUACCUGGUUGAUCGACAACAACGUCGUCCGUACUCUCACUGCUGCCAACGCCGAGGGCGGCGCUGCCGGCCUUCCCCAGACCCCCAUGCAGGUCAAGCUCGGAACCUGGGUUGCUGGCCGCAAGGAUGCUCCCCAGGGCACCGUCGAGUGGGCCGGUGGCUACACCGAUUUCUCCAAGGCUCCCUUCCUCGGCUACUACAAGAGCAUCUCCAUUGUCGACUAUGCCGGUGCCGACGCCCCUACCUCCAAGAGCGUCAAGGAGUACAUCUACGGCGACCACACCGGUUCUUGGCAGAGCAUCAAGGUCGUCCUCGGUGACGGCAGCGACGACAGCAGCGACUCUUCUUCUUCCAGCUCUGCUGCCCACUCUUCCACCAAGGUUUCUUCUGCUGCUUCCUCCACCAAGGCCCCUGCCUCCACCACCUCCGCUGCUGAGCAGACCACCACCUCCGCCGAGCAGACCACCCUGGCUUCCGCUACUUCCACUCCUGCUGCUCCCACCAAGAGCACUGGUGGCAGCGGCAGCGCUGGCAACGGCACUGUCUCCUCUACCGGAUCUGUCCAGCCCACCAAGCCUCCCACCGUCCCCGGCAACGCUGGUUCCCGCGCUGCCGCCACCCUUGGCAGCGUCUUCGCUGUUGGUGCUGGUCUUGCCCUUGCUCAGUUCCUUCUGUAAACGGGACCCUCAAGCCACAACCCCCUUUUGUUUUGCUUUUUAGGAAUGUACUUAUUGUUGCGGGCAUGAAAAGCAUGUAGAUGGGGCAGAGCGUUUGCGUGCGGAGAAGAGAGCGGACCAAGCUAAUACUAUACAAAUUCGAGUUUUACCACAAGCCGCCCUUUUCUUGUUCACUUGUACAUCUUUGGCAACGGACACCAAAUCUGUGGCGAGUCGUAUUCCUCGACCGAUAUAUUCCACACAAUUUCCUUUCACUAUUUUUUCUUACCCAGUCACUGCAAUUGCUUCUGGACGAAAACGCCUAUAAUGAUUUUUUAAUGGGGGAGGUCUGCUCUUCUUCCCGCCGAGCCGAUUUCGGGUAAUGACGUUUGCUUGGAUUGAUGAAGAGAACAGGAUCGAUGAUUGAACUCUUUUUGUUUUUGCCGUUGGUGUUUUUGUUUUUGGCUUGAUAUCCUCCUUGAUGUUUGUUUUUUGCCUGUUUGAACCAUGUAUUUCCGGCGCAUGCCCGAUUGGGUCAUUGCCUGUAUGUAGAAGGAUGUUACAAAAAACAAGAGAAUCUUGAUUAAUCUU